AUGAGGAAGCAUCUGGGUGGAUGCUGGUUGGCCAUUGUCUGUGUCCUGCUCUUCAGCCAGCUGUCCUCAGUCAAGGGGAGAGGCAUAAAGCAUAGAAUCAAGUGGAACCGGAAGGCCUUACCAAGUACCUCCCAGGUCACAGAGGCCCACACUGCAGAGAUCCGCCCAGGGGCCUUCAUCAAGCAAGGCCGAAAGCUGGAUAUUGACUUCGGAGCUGAGGGCAAUAGGUACUACGAGGCCAACUAUUGGCAGUUCCCUGAUGGGAUCCAUUACAACGGCUGCUCUGAGGCCAACGUCACCAAGGAGAAGUUUGUCACCAGCUGCAUCAAUGCCACCCAGGCGGUGAACCAGGAGGAACUGUCCCGCGAGAAACAAGACAACAAGCUUUACCAGCGGGUCCUGUGGCAGCUGAUCAGGGAGCUCUGCUCCAUCAAGCAGUGUGAUUUUUGGUUGGAAAGGGGAGCAGGGCUUCGGGUCACUCUGGACCAGCCCAUGAUGCUCUACCUGCUGGUUUUCAUCUGGUUUAUUGUGAAGUAA